AUGGAAUUUUUGUCGCGUGCUAUAUUAAGUCGUUCAGAAUCCACGCAAAUCCUCUGUGAAAUGAGUCAAAUCGAUGAAAGCACGCUUGACAUUCAGCAAACUGAAGACGGGGUCUUGGGCCGACUGUUUGUUUUCUCGUCAACAUCUCCCCAAACAGCUAUAAGUAUAAGAAAGUACGAAGACGUGACUGUAGGACGUGGAAACACCAAUACGUAUCAACUAAUUCAAUCGACGGCAAGUUAUAGACACUUUAGAGUCUAUUCAGUGCUUGUAGAUGAUGAUAUGGAUCCAUUGGUUUACUGUGAAGACUUAAGCUCCAAUGGUACAUUUUUGAAUCACUGUCUCAUUGGUAAAGGAAAUGUAGUAUUAUUAUCUGACGGUGACAUUUUAGAUGUUCGUCAUUGCGCUUCCUUUUUAUAUCAGCAGAAAAAUAUAACAGAUGAUGACUAUCAUCAUGAGUAUGAUGGUGAUGAAUUUAGUAUUACCCAUCGUCUACUUGGUACUGGAGGGUUUUCGCGUAUUUACAUGGCGAUUGAAAACAAAACAGGAAGACAAUAUGCUUGUAAGAUCAUUGAUAAGAAAAAGGUGUCUUCUACUCGCUUUUAUGACGAUCAUGAAGUUUCCAUUCUGAAAAAACUAAAUCAUCCCAAUAUCGUUCAUGUAGCUAUGGACUACAACUCUGAAAACCAAUUCUUUAUCUUUGAAGAAUUGGUUACAGGCGGCGAUUUGUUUAGUUAUCUGACCAAGAUGGGAACAGUUCCUGAAGUGACAUGCUUGUUUAUUAUGUACCAGAUGCUACAAGCAUUAGGUUAUCUACAUUCUCAAAACAUUGCGCAUCGAGACUUGAAAUUAGAAAACAUAUUAAUUGUUUCUUCAAACGACAGCGUGUUCCGAAUCAUUUUGACUGACUUCGGUGUUGCCAGAUGUAUGGAAAAGGGGAAAAGAAUGUCGACAUUUGUGGGCACCUUGGAAUACACGGCCCCAGAAAUAAGAGACUUGAAAGGUCGCAGCAGGCGUUGCAAAGAAAUGAAUAUGGGGUAUGGCAAAGAGGUAGAUAUAUGGAGCCUAGGAAUCAUCAUGUAUUUGCUUCUUUCAGGAAAUUCUCCUACGUUUUCCUCGGAUGGGACUAUAGUAUUUGAAGACGAGGUCUGGAAAACUAUUUCUAGACAAGCUAAAGAUUUAAUUUCUUCUUUUCUGCAAAAACUCCCAAUUCAACGUCCAACAGUCCAGGAAGCAGAAGAACACCCUUGGUUUUUUAGACACAAAUCUCGGUUGGAAAAAUUGUAUAAAACUCGAAUUCUUAAACAAUAUCCAUUAUGAAUCAUUUAAACACAUUUACACUCAAACUAGAAACUUUGAAGAAAAGAAGGGCUAUUCAUGCUUAACGUUUUCAAAACUUGGUUAUAAUUUAUUACGUACUUCAAACUUCGUAAGCUAUGCUUAUGAAACGAACUUGAAUAAAAUGGGG